AUGAAGAAGAGCUUUACCUUCUGGGAAUACCUUUACUAUGCCGCGCCCAUCUUCCUUGAAGGCUUUACCGCCGGGUGGGAGACUGGUUCAAUUGGAGGUAUUUUGGCCAUGCCGCAAUUCCUCAACUACUUCAACUAUCCGAGCGAUUUUCGCCAAGGAUCCAUGACAGCUUGUCUUCUUGCAGGCGAGUUCGGUGGCUCGCUUUUUAUGGGAUUUUUCCUCGCAGAUCGGCUUGGAAGAAAACGGACCAUUUAUGUAGCGGUGAUGCUAUACCUGAUCGGACAGAUCAUCGUAGUGGCAUCUGUUGGACGUGUCCUUAAUGGCUUCGGAGCGGGAGGUUUGAUUCAAACCGUCCCCCUUUACACGGCCGAAGUUGCACCAGUCUGGAUCCGCGGACGACUUGGUUACAAUUUGAAUGCUGGCACCGCAAUGGGCUUGUUCGCCACCUACUGGGUUCAAUAUGGAAGCCAAAACAUAGGCAAUAACGGCGCAUGGAGAAUGCCAUUGUCCCUCCAGUUCAUCCCGGUCAUGGUCCUUGCCUCACUCAUCUUCUGGCGACCAGAGUCUCCACGAUGGCUCUUCAUGCAGGACAGGUUGGAGGAAGCAUUACAGGUGCUGGCCAAACUCCAUGGUGAAGGAAAUCCGAAUGAUGAGACGGUCAAAUCUGAAUACCAGGAGAUUCGAAUCAUCAACGAGUACGAGAAAUCGAUGCCCGCGCCGUCUUUAUAUGCUUUGUUCUUCAGGAAGGAAUACCGACGCCGGACCGUUCUUGGAGCUGGUAUUCAAUUCUUACACGAGAUCAGCGGGCCCAAUAUCUGUUUGUAUUAUGCCCCCAAAGUCUUCACCCAAGUAGGCGUCAGUGGGACUCAAGCUUCACUCUUGGCCAACGGCAUCAACGGUGCACUCCUGGUCGUGACGUCUUUGAGCCUGAUGUGGAUGGCAGAUAAGUAUGGUCGACGGAAUCAAAUGACCAUUGGCCCAUUAUGCAUGGGCACAUGCUUUCUGGUCGUCGGGGGACUCAUGCGAGGCUACGGGUCUCCUCAUUGGGAUUCUACCACCCAAAGCGUUCAAUUCUCCUUCCACAAUCAAGUCGCCUCGAAGGCUGCUAUUGCAUUCAUGUACUUAUACAUGGCCGCCUUCGGAGCAAUAUACUGCGCUGUCGGUCAAACAUAUCCGAAUGAGGUGUUUUCUCUUCGAGCUCGAAGCAGAGGCGCCGCUCUCGGGGCAUCUAUGAAUUGGCUUGUCAAUUUCUGGCUUGGUCUGUAUAUCCCCUAUGCAUUAAACAAAGCCUCAUGGAAAAUGUACUUGGUAUUUGCCGGGUUUAAUUGCAUGAACACCAUUCUUUGCUACCUGUUUUUCCCCGAGACAGCUCGCCGGACGCUCGAGGAGAUUGAUUUGCUUUUCACGUCAGAUCGCACAGUCUUUGUUUUUCUGGACAAGGAGGCCGUUAGAAAGGGAAGAUUACUCCACUCCGAUUUAACUGAUGGCGAAACUGUGGCUCAAGAAAUGAAGAAGGCUCUCCACCAGCAUGGAAAUAUGAGAGUAUGGUCGUCUGAUGUCCCUCUCCAAGGAAAAGAAAUAAAGGAUGUUCAACAUAGCCACAAAGAAGUAGCAUGA